UACAUCUAUUUAACAAUCGCAACUUCCAAACGACCCCUGAGUACAAUUUUCUAUUUUUUGGCCCCCCUAAGUCCAAUUUUCUAUUUUUUGGCCGGUCGAAUCUGGCAAGUGUGCCAGUAUACUCUCCCUACUUAAGCUAGUAGCCAAAAUUCAACGCUGGGAAAGACGGAGGCCGGAGCAACUAAAACACUAGUACACUACUCAUCGAGGGAGAAGCCAACGAUGAUCGAUCGAUCGAGAAGCCAUUUUUAAGCCUAUAAAAAGCUUGGAAACUCAUCUGAAAGAAAGCACUGAAUGAGAAAUAUGAAAUACAAUGGGGUACUAUUACUCCUCAUAUCCUUCUGCAGCCCCAAUGAUAUUCAUAAUCACACUCCUCGUCGGGUUCCUGAGCGCGGCUACUUCCCAUAAAAAGAUCUGCAGCACCGUUCGGGUGGACGACCCGACGACGUUCUCCGGUUUCGUCGAUCAAGCUCUCAAGAUACUGGUGGUAUUCACAAGUUACCCUCCGGUUCAGGGAAAACCCACCGGCCGUGUGGUAACCUUUCCUCCGAUGUCGCCUCGCGGUGCAGUUGAAGGCCGGUCCACUUGUGAGGAUGGCGUCAUCGGUGCCGCUUGCAAUCGUUGUCUUGCUCAUCAUGCGCGGCAUUUGCAGAAAUGCAAAAACUUUACUAGUGGAGGAUCUGCCUAUGAAGGUUUGUGUGACCUUGAAUUCCAUCAAAUCUGAAUACUCUGCCUCUGAUCAAUCUGAUGUCAAAGCUUUGGAAAUCAUGAAAAGCCACGGUUGCUUACAUCCAGCCUGAUAAUGCAUACAACAACUGAUAAAAGCACAUCAUGUGGAGUUAAUACAGACGUUCGUGAUCU